AUGAGCGGCUGUGAAGCGUGCUGCGGGGAUACGCGUGUCCCUGCCCAAGCCCCGGCCUUGACGGCCAAGAAGGCUCCCGCCAUCAACCUCCCCACUCCCUACCCAAAGUUCCCCGACGACGGGUGCAGCGCAUGCUGCGCUGACAAGCCUGAGGCUGUCAAGGCCAAGGCCAAGGCUGAGCCCGCUGCACCAGCCACUCCUGCCCCGCCAAUCAACAAGUUCCAGGACGUCAAGGCCGCCGCUACUCAGGCCAGGGCACCUUCACCUUCACCCGCUCCCACCUCGGCCCAUGUCCCCGUCCCGGUCAAGGCUGCCACCGAGGUAAAGCCCACACAGACCAAGGUGAGUGUCGUGUUUUCGGGCGCGGGGCUCGCGGUUGAGACGGAGAAAAAGGAUGAAGAGAAGGAGAAGGCUGUCAAGGAGGUCAAGGCGGUUGUGAACGGCGUCAAGGAGGUCAAGGAGGUCAAGGCGGUUGUGAACGGCGUCAAGGAGGUCAAAGAGAUCAAGGCGGUUGUGGACGGCGUCAAGGAGGUCAAAGAGAUCAAGGCGGUUGUGGACGGCGUCAAGGACGUCAAAGAGAUCAAGGUAAUCAUGAAGGAGGAGCCCAAGCAAGCCCAACCCGCCAAGGAGGAGGAGCCCAGGACACCCAAGAGCGUCAAGUUUGCCGCCGGCGCCGCACUCGAGCAAGUGCAGGAGAUCCCGGCCCGUGCGCCGCUCGAGCCCAAGCUCCUCGAGGGCCCAGUUAUGGCCGGUGUUGUGGAGAAGAAGGACGACAAGCCCAAGAUGCCAUCGAUGAUGCCGACUGGAGUGUUUUUCCGCUUUGGCGCUGUAAAGCCCAAGCAGCCGAGCGAGGUCAACUUUUCGUGGGGCAAGCCCGUGCCCACUAUUCUGCCGGCCAAGACUGCACCUCUUGCGGCCCCGGCUACGCUGGCCGCACUCGAGGCCGCCGUCGAAUCGCCAUCGUCGCCCAAGGCUAAGGAGACCAAGGAGCUGAAGGAGCCCAAGGUUGAGACCGCUCCAACCAAAAUCGAGGAGCUUGCCGUCAAGGCCGAGGUCAAGGCUGAGGUCAAGAUGGAGGCCCAACCUGCCGCUGUCCCCAAGGUCGAGCCCCAGGUUGAGUCCAAGCCUGCGCCCAAGGUCGAACCCAAGCCAGCUCCGGCCAAGGAGCAGCCCGCCCCGAAGGUCGAGGCCAAGGUCGAGGCCAAGGUCGAGGCACCCGUGCCCGCUCCCAAGGUUGAGGCCAAGUCCGCGUCAGCCCCAGUCGCCGCCGAGUCCAAGGACUUGAAGCCCGUCGAGGUUGCGCCACCCGUCGCUGCGCCGCCAGCGUUCUACAGCGCCGUAAGCGCGUUCAUCUCCGUCUCCAAGGCCAGGGCCGUCAAGGUCGAGCACAAGGUUGAGCCCAAGGUCGAGGUCAAGGUCGAGGUCAAGCCCGCCGCCACCCCCGUCAAAAUCGAUAAGGAAGAGCCCAAGGUCGAAGUCAAGGAGGUCAAGCCUGUCGGUCCCAAGGUCGAGAUCAAGUCGACCCCCGCGCCUCCCAAGGUCGAGGUCAAGUCGACCCCCGCGCCCCCCAAGGUCGAGGUCAAGGCUGCGAUCCCCGCGCCUGUCGCGCCCAUGGUGGAGGUUAAGGCGCCUGCUCCGGCGCCGGCCAAGGUUGAGGUCAAGGCGCCUGCUCCUGCCGAGGCCGAGGUUAAGGCUCCCACUCCUGCACCUGCCAAAGACGAGAUUAAGGCUCCAGCUCUCGCGCCGACCAAGGUGGAGGCCAAGGCGGUGCCUGCUUCCGCCCCCUCUCCCGACCCCGCCAAGGUCGAGGCCAAGGUUGAGGUCAAGGUCGAGACCAAGGUUGAGGUCAAGGCUCCCGCUCCCAAGGCUGAGGUCAAGGCCGAGGUCAAGACCCCCGCGGCUCCAGCCAAGGAGGUCAAGCCUGAAGCCAAGGUCCCGGCCAAGGUUGAGGUCCCCGUGAAGGCCGAGGCCAAGCCUGCGCCUGCGCCUGUCAAGGCGGAGGUCAAGGUUGAGACCAAGCCUGAGCCCAAGGUCGCCGAGCCCAAGGUCGAGGUUAAGCCGGCUCCGGCGCCCAAGGCUGAAGUCAAGGCCCCGGCCGCCGCCGAGGUUGAGGCGAAGUCUGCUCCCGCUGUUGCGCCGGCCAAGGUUGAGAUCAAGCCUGCCCCUGCUCCCGUCAAGGUUGAGGCCAAGCCCGCUGUUCCCAAGGUUGAGCCUGCCCCCGCGCCCAAGCCUGAGCCCAAGGCUGCCGAGGCAAAGCCCGAGCUCAAGGUUGCCGAGGCCAAGCCCAAGGCCCAGUUCAACGACUUCAACUUCUGGAAGGCCCCGAUCGCCGACUUCCCCACGCCUUCUCCCACCGUCAUGGCCAACCCCGUGCCCAAGGUAGACGUCAAGCCUGCGCCUGUUCCUGCUGCCAAGGUCGAGGUUAAGACCCCCGCCGUGCUUCCUGCUCCCAAGGUCGAGGUUAAGACCCCCACCGCGCCGGCUCCUGCUCCCAAGGUCGAGGUCAAGCCCACCGUCGCUCCUGCCGCCCCCAAGAUCGAGGUCAAGGCCGCGCCUGCUCCCGCCAAGAUUGAGGUUCCCGCCGCUUCCAAGGGCCCUGUCAAGCCGGCUGAGACUAAGCCUGCAGAGAACAAGGUCGAGGCCGCCAAGCCUGUCGAGAAGCCUGUCGCCAAGGAGGUUAAGGUCGAGGUGAAGCCCGGCGCGCCCAAGACCGAGGCCAAGCCUGAGCCCAAGGCCGUCUCUGCGCCUGCUAAGGUCGAGCCUGCUCCCAACGCCGAGGCCAAGCCUACACCUGCUCCCAAGGUUGAGGCCAAGGCCGCCCCCGUUUCUGCUGCCAAUGUCGAGGCCAAGGCUGCCCCCGCUCCUGCUGCCAAGGUCGAGGCCAAGGCUGCCCCCGCUCCUGCUGCCAAGGUCGAGGCCAAGGCUGCCCCCGCUCCUGCUGCCAAGGUCGAGGCCAAGCCCACCUCUGCUCCUGCUCCUGCCCCGGCCAAGGUCGAGGUGAAGGCUGCUCCCGCCCCGACCAAGGUCGAGGUGACGGCUGCUCCUGCCGCCAUGGCCGAGGCCAAGGUCGUCCAAGCUCCCGCUCCCAAGGUCGAGCUCAAGACCACCCCCGCUCCUGCUCCUGUGCCCAAAUCCGCUCCUGCCCCCGCCGCUCCCAAAUCGGAGCCCAAGAUCGACAAGCCCGUCGAGGUCAAGCCCACUCCUGCCGUCGCUCCCAAGGCUUCUCCUUCUCCUGUGGCCGCUCCUGCUCCCAAGGCUACUCUCACGGCGCCUGCCCCUGCGCCUGCUCCUGCUCCCGCCGGUGCUCCCAGGGCUGCCACUCCUCCUCCUCCCAAAGCCUCUCCUGCUCCCGCUCCCCCGAGCCCCAGGGCUGCCCCUCCCGCUCCCAAAGUUGAGAAGCCCGUUGAGAAGACUCCCGAAGCUCCCAAGCCUGCUGCUGUCCUCAAGGCAGUUGCUGCUCCCAUUGCUGCGGCCCCUCCUAAGCCCGUUGCCGCUCCCGCUCCUGCUCCUAAGGCUCCUACUCCCGCUCCUGCCGGCGCUCUUUCCGAGGCUACCUCCCCCGCACUCAAGCCUGCUGUUCUUACCUCGCCCACCCCUGCUCUUAAGGUCGAGGCCAAGCCUACCGUUCCUGCUCCUGCCAAGGUUGAGAAGGCUGUCGAGAAGCCCGCCCCCAUCGCCGCUCCCAAGGUCGCCGAGAAGCUUACGCCUGCUCCCGCCGCCGCCAAGCCUGCCCCAGCUCCCGCCCCAAUCCCCAACACCCCCAAGCCUGCUGUCGCCGAGAAGGCCGCCGCGAAGCCUCACCCCAAGGUUGAGAAGGCCGAGGUCAAGACUGUGCCAGCUCCUGCCGCUCCUGUCACCAAGCCAGCCGCCCCUAUCGUCAAGCCCGCCGCUCCUGCGCCUGCACCGGCACCUGUUGUUGCCAAGCCUGCAUCCGCUCCGGCGGUUGCCAAGCCUGAGAUGAAGCCCGAGCCGAAGACUGUGACCAAGGAGGCUCCCAAGCCUGAGGUCAAGGUCGAGGUGAAGGCUGUGCCAGCCAAGGUCGAGGCCAAGGUCGAGGCCAAGGCUGCUCCUGUGGCUAAGGCGGAGGUCAAGGUUGAGCCUAAGGCCGUCCCGGCUGCUGCUACCAAGGCCGAGUCUACGGUCGAGGUCAAGGUUGCAUCUGCGCCUGCUCCGAAGGCCGAGGUCAAGGCAGAGCCCAAGGAUGCGCCGCGGGUUGCUCAGGCACCCGUUCCAGCCACGGCUGAGGCUAAACCACAGGCCAAGGUUGCUCCGGCCGCUGCCCCAUCCAAGGAGGUCAAGGUUGAGGCGAAGCCCGCGACUCCGGCCAAGGUGGAGACGAAGCCUGCACUGCCGCUUGCCAAGGCUGUGGCUAAGGUGGAGGCGAAGGCUCCUGUGUCCGCACCAGUGGCGGUGAAGCACGAGCCAGCGACCAAGGCGGAGGCGUACAAGACUGGACCAGCUAGCACCCAGCCGGUCGCCCCCAAGGCGGCGCCUGCGUCCGCACCAGCCCUCAAGGCGGUGGAGACAAAGGCGAUCGAGAAGCCGGCGGUCAAGGCGGAUGCGAAGGCUCCGGAACCGCUCAAGGCAGAGGCACCGAUCGCGGUGGCCAAGGCGGAGGCGAAGGUGCUCUCGGUAGCGACGCCCACCGUGGCGGCGCCCCAGGUCACCCCGGCGGCGCGCUGGAUUGACCUCCUGCAUGCGGAGGAGGAGACUGAGCGCAAGACUGGACGCCGUGGCCGGGUCUCUGCCCCUGCCUCUACACCUUCCACUCCCCGCGCGCAGUCGCCCGCAGCGCGUUGGCUCAACGUCAUCAAGGGAGAGGACGAUGCGUCCAAGGCUCUUCCUGAUAAGCGCACCACCCCUCUACCCAAGCGCGAGGAUGAGGCUGCCAAAGCUCUGCCCGCAUCCAAACCUGCGGCUACUCCCAAGCUCACUCCUACCCCUGUUCUCCCUCCCCUCGCACCCACUGAGAGUACUGAGCGCGUUCCUGAGAAGGUCGUUGAGAAGAUCGAGAAGGCGCCCGUGAACGCGCCCAAGCCCGUUGAGAAGACAUCCCCUCUCCCUGUUCCCCAAGCUUCCAUCCCAGUUCCUGUCCGAGCCCCCGUUCCCGUCCCUCCAGUUCCCGCACCCACCCCUGCGUGCAAGGCUGACAUCAAGGUCCCCGCAAAGGCCGACAAGCCCAAGCCCGCGCCCCUGGCGCCGGUCCGCGCGCUCGCCAAGUUCGAGUUUGCGCCCGACACGCCAGUGUCGGCCGUGGAGCGUCCAGUUUCCCCGAACGACGUUCUUCUUCCUUCCUCUUCCUCCUUCCCAACCUCUCCUCUCUCGACUCCACCCCCGCGCGCUCCAGCCGAACGCGCCCCUUGGCCCUCCCACGCCGCCACCCGCAUGCACCUCCCCUCCCACACCGUCCGCGAGGUCCGUCCCGGCUCGCCCCGCGACCCGCUUCCCCAGUUCUCCGCCCCGGCCCCGGCCGUCCGGCACACGUCGCUGGCGGCCGGGUCCGCUCCUGCCCUCACGCCUGGCGCGGCAACCGUCGUUGCCGUCCUCUCCGACGCCGCCGUCCACAAAGUCUCGCCCGCAACCGCGAGCGCCCUGACUGCGCCCGUGGCGCCUGGUCGCGACUCGCUCCACGUUGAGGCCGUGACGCCUUCGACACGCCUCGGAUCGCCUUCCGGCACCCCCUUGCCCAAGAUCUCGUCCACCGCUCCUACGCCACUGCUGGCUCCCGCCGACGCGUCGUCGUGGGAGGAGGAGCUCGCUGACGGCGAGGUGGAGAUCGAGCUGCUUGCGCCGCCUCUUGUGGUCAACCUCGAGCCCUCGUCCCCGACUGACGUUCAGAACCUUGGCGGCUCAAGUGGUAUCGGCUCCGCUGGCGACAGCGUGCUCGACAUCCUGGCCUCGACCCGCCGGCCUGCGCCCAUCUCGGCCCUCUUCGAGGCCUACGAGGACGACACGGCCUCCCUCGGCGCUUGUGAGGCCGAGCUCCGUGCCUUCCAGGCUGCCCUCGCCGACGCAGAGGCCGACGCAAACGCCAAGCGCAUCCGUGUCCUCGCUUACCAGGUCGCACUUGACGAGGAACUGGCCGCGCUCGAGGCCGAGCGCGCCGGCCUCCUCCGCAUCCGUGAGGCAAUCUUCGCCGACCACAUCAAGGAUACUCGCGUCCUCGGCAGCAGCACUCGCGUCGCAGUUGCCGCGGCCCGUGAUGGUUGGUGCCGCCUGUGGGUCGACGCGUAG